AUGUAAAGUGAUAGCUUUGUGAUUCUAAUGUAACCCAAUGGUGCAUUAAAUUAAUAAUCUCAACUAAUAGAGGAGCCUAAAGUACAACAAGAAAAGAAAAAGACUGUGGAAAUUGGAGUCGCUCAUGUUGCACUAGUUGGGAUAAUCAUUUAUCAAGCAUCAGUACUUGGCCCACUUGUUUUAAACUCAUUGACUACAAUCAUUGCUAGUGCUGUUGCAUCAGUUCUAACUAUAAUUGGAUGGAUCCUUUAUGUAGUUUUUGUCAAUAAGAUGGGCAAUAGCUUCAUUUUGAAGUUUGGUAUCCCAGUUCUUCUUGCUGUCUUAACAGUUUUUGACACUCUUUACCUCUUCUCUUACGUGCUUGACUGGUUUUGCCCUGAUACUGAUCCAGAUGGUUGCACUGAAGAGGCUAACGUUAUCCUUAUAGUUUUUAUUGUCUUCUUCUCAAUUGCUGUCAAUCUUCUAUGGUGCUGCUAUAGAGUAAUUGAUAGAAUCGAUGGUUGA